AUGAUCGUGAUCGUGAUCCAUGGUCCGUGUCCUUGUCCAUUGAGUCUUAUCAAUGAUACAUUUAGUAUUGCUCCACCAAGUAAACAGACUAUCUUAGACGUUAUCGGUAGUUUAAGAAGUGACAUAGCUUCGGGACCUGAUAAUAUACCGGUUACGUUCUUACAAAAAUGUGUCCCAUUUUUAAUCGAUCAAAUUGAACAUCUUUUUUCUCUUUCCAUUAAAACUGGCACCCAUCCAUCCUUAUGGAAAAUUGCGAAUGUGACACCGGUGCAUAAGAAAGGGCCCAAAGCGAUUGUCGAUAACUAUAGGCCAAUAUCGCUUUUGAGUAUUCUCAGUAAAGUUCUUGAACGCUUCAUUCAAGCUAUUGCCACCACCGGUGGUGUCAACAACGAGCUAUUGCCACCACCAGGAGGUGUCAAUUAG